AUGUGCAAGAAGGAUGGACACAAGUUGAGAGAUUGCAACAGUUUCAAGCAAUUGUCACUGGAGAAACGUUGGAAGACCACUCAGCAAUUGAGCUUGUGUCGUCGGUGCUUAAUUCCUCACGGUAAAUGGCCAUGCAAAGCCACGGUCUGUGGCAUUGGCAACUGCGACGCACGUCAUCACAAACUUCUACAUCCCGGAGAUCCUCAACAAUCGACUGCUGCAGUCACAGCGUCAACGAAAAGUCGGGCUACUCCAACAGCGACAUUGAACGUUCAUCGUCAGCUUCCGUGUCCAGUGCUCUUUCGGAUUCUUCCCGUAACACUGUAUGGGAAUAGUGCGUCGAUCAACACGUUGGCAUUUCUCGACGAUGGGUCAUCACACACGUUGAUUGAAAAGGAUUUGGCAGAUGAACUUGGCGUUGAAGGCAAAGUGGAACCCUUGUGCAUGCAGUGGACCAGCAAUAUCAAACGGAUCGAAAGCAAUUCUCAAAAUAUCCAGCUUCAAAUAUCAGGUGUUGGCAGCGAUCGCAGGCAAACAUUGGAUUACGUGCGAACCGUUGAAAGUUUAGAUCUUCCUCCACAGUCUUUGCAGUACGAAGUGAUGGCAGACAAAUUCGACUACCUCAAAGGCCUGCCAGUGCACAGCUAUUCUACUGCUGCACCUCGUAUCUUGAUUGGUGUCGACAAUGCCAAACUGUUGCUGACGUUGAAAAAACGGGAAAGAAAGUACAGCGAACCAGUUGCGACGAAAACGAGGCUAGGUUGGACCAUAUACGGUAAAGCUGAGGGUCUGGCAGUAGCGUCCGAACAUCUUCUCCACCACAUUUGCGCAUGUACGACUGAUCAACAGCUGCACAAUUCAGUAAAAGAUUUCUUCUCCAUCGAAAACGUGGGUGUCGCUCUAGUUCCACAAGUAGAGGCCGAGGAAGAUCGGAGAUCACGUGAAAUCCUGGAGAAAACUACCAUCCGCACAGCAUCCGGAAGAUUUCAGACAGGUUUAUUGUGGAAGUUUGACUGUGUUGAGUUUCCUGAUAACCGAUACGUAGCAGAGAAGCGAUUGGCGUGCCUAGAGAGAAGUUUGGCCAAGAAACCCAACUUAUACGCAAAUGUCAGACAACAGAUCCUCGAUUAUCAGACAAAAGGCUAUGCGCACAAGCUUACCGACGAAGAAUCAAGCAGUAGUGCACCCAAAAAGGUCUGGUAUUUGCCAUUAGGGGUGGUGCAGAAUCCUAACAAGCCUGGUAAGGUACGUGUCGUGUGGGACGCCGCGGCAAAAACGGGCGGUGUUUCGUUGAACUCCAUGCUGAUGAAGGGCCCGGACCUUCUCACUUCGUUAUCAUCCGUGUUGUUCCGAUUUCGUCAACGAGAAGUUGCCAUCACGGGUGACUUGAAAGAAAUGUUCCACCAGAUCAUAAUUCGACCGGAGGAUCGCCAAGCGCAGCGCUUUCUGUGGCGCGACAAUUCAGAGGAUCCGGCGGAGGAGUACGUGAUGGACGUAGCGACGUUUGGGUCAACAUGUUCACCAUGCUCUGCCCAAUAUGUUAAGAACAAGAACGCAGAGGAAUGGAAACAUGUGUACCCGGAAGCUUCAGCAGCCAUAGUGGAGAACACCUAUGUAGAUGACUACGCAAACAGCUCCGAUACAGUGGAUGAAGCUGCUUGCCUUGCCGUAGAGGUGAAAGAAAUCCACGCAAGUGCAGGCUUUGAAAUCAGAAAUUGGCUUUCCAAUUCCAAACAAGUUCUCCAAAGGAUUGGGGAACAAAGUACGGAAUCAUCGAAAAGUUUCAUUGCGGAGAAGUCUACUGACUCAGAGCGAGUCCUGGGUAUGACAUGGCAGCCAGAAAGUGACGAACUUACCUUCGCUCUUAAGUUUCGGCCUGACGUGCAACAUCUCCUAUCGGAAAAUGUCAUCCCUACGAAGCGCCAGGUUCUAAGAGUCGUAAUGAGUGUCUUCGACCCACUUGGGCUUGUUGCAUCGUUCGUUGUAGAAGGAAAAUGCUUGAUUCAAGAUAUUUGGAGAGCGCAAGUGGAUUGGGACGAUCAAAUUCCAGAAAAUCUAGACACUCGAUGGCGAAGCUGGUUGAAGGUGCUCAAUAAUCUCAACCAGGUAAAGAUUCCUCGCUGCUACUUUCCUGGAUACGAACCUCGUAGCCUGCAUAGCUUGGAACUCCACGUAUUCGUUGACGCAAGUGAAGAAGCAUAUGCUUGUGCUGCUUAUUUCCGGAUUGUAGACCGCGGACAAGUACGCUGCACACUUGUGUCGGCCAAAACCAAAGUAGCUCCUCUACAUCCAAUAAUGUCAAUUCCGCGACUGGAACUACAAGCUGCAGUUAUCGGAGUUCGCCUGAUGAAGUCGGUACAGGACAAUCACACGCUACCGAUUAGCCGUCGUUUGUUCUGGGAGAUUCCAAAACGGUGCAGUCCUGGAUUCGUUCAGACCAGCGGAAGUAUCGGCAGUUUGUGGCAUACAGGAUCAGUGAAAUUUUGA